UUUGAACUGUACACCAGUUUCAAACUUUACAGGGCAGACCAGUCCGCCCAUCUCAUAUAUUAUGAUUCGUUAGUUUAACUUUGUGACCCCAGCGAGUUUCUGAAAGGUUUAGAUGUUUUCAACAAGAAGCUGGGAGCGGCCGCACAGAAGGAAAUCAGCCAGCUCGUCGGGAGCAGUCAGGGCGAGGCGCCUCGCUCAGGGACACCUCGACACUUGGCUAGGAGGAGCCGGGGAUCGAACCAGCGGCCUUCAAGUUACCAGCAGACCCGCUCUACCUCCUGACCUACUGCCACCCAGGUAUCUGGUGUUGUGUUGAGCACUCUUUGUGUACAAUAAGCUAUUCAGGUCCAAUGAGGUUCUGAUAUUAGCUUGAAUAUGUGGUCUAAUAAAGCGUAGAAUAAAUUAAAACCAACACGCAAUGCAGAGAAAGAACCUCUAAGAUCGCUGGCUAAAUGAAGAAUUGUAGGACUGUGACCUCACUGGGCCUUGUCUCCCGAGUCCCGAUCACGUGGUGUGUUUUUCCAUCUGACGCAGCUCCUGAACAACCCCCCCGAGGACGCCCCCAGAAAGACGGGCAUGUUCCCCAAGAUCAGAAACAAAAAGGUUGUUGUCAUCCAGGCGGACGACCCGCGGCCCCUCCCCGGGGAGGAAGAGGAGAAGAAGAAGCAGAAGAAGAAGAAGAAAAAGAAGGAGAAGGAGAAGGAGGUGGCGGCCGCACGGGUGGAGGAACCCGGGGAGCUGAAGGAGAAGCUGAAGGAGGAGGAGAUGGAGCCGCAGCCCCCCAAGGGGAAGAGGAAGCGGUCGGAAGGCGAGGCGCCGGAAGACCGCGCCCGGAAGGAGAGCGCUCCGGAAGACCCCGCCCGGAAGGAGAGCGCGCCGGAAGACCCCGCCCGGAAGGAGAGCGCUCCGGAAGACCCCGCCCGGAAGGAGAGCGCUCCGGAAGACCGCGCCCGGAAGGAGAGCGCGCCGGAAGACCGCGCCCGGAUGGAGAGCGCUCCGGAAGACCGCGCCCGGAAGGACAGCGCUCCGGAAGACCGCGCCCGGAAGGAGAGCGCUCCGGAAGACCCCGCCCGGAAGGAGAGCGCUCCGGAAGACCCCGCCCGGAAGGAGAGCGCUCCGGAAGACCCCGCCCGGAAGGAGAGCGCUCCGGAAGACCCCGCCCGGAAGGAGAGCGCUCCGGAAGACCCCGCCCGGAAGGAGAGCGCUCCGGAAGACCGCGCCCGGAAGGAGAGCGCUCCGGAAGACCCCGCCCGGAAGGAGAGCGCUCCGGAAGACCGCGCCCGGAAGGAGAGCGCUCCGGAAGACCCCGCCCGGAUGGAGAGCGCUCCGGAAGACCCCGCCCGGAAGGAGAGCGCUCCGGAACAGUCCGACAAGAAGAGGCGGCGGUCCCAGGCGGGAGCAGGGGAGCAGGAAGCGGAGGUUGAGGAAGAGAAGCCGGCCAAGCUGAGGAGGACCGGCGAGGAGCAGGAGGAGGAGGAGCAGGAGGAGGAGGAGCGGGCGGGGGUCAGCCAGAUGGACGUGAAAGGGCGGGGCGGAGGUCAAGGCGGAGGGGGGGGGGGAAGGGCCGACGGCUCGCCGCUGAAAGCCAAGAGGAAGCGGAAGAAGAAGAAAGAGAAGAUGGGCGACGAGGUCAUCCCGUUUCGCGUCCUCUCCAAGAAGGACUGGCUGGGUCUGAAGCAGGAGUACCUGGCCUUGCAGAAGCGGAGCAUGGCCUCGCUGAAGAAGUGCAUCACUAAGAUCGACCACCAGGAGCAACUGGGUCCAUUAGAGAAGAAGAAAGUGAUUCCAUUGGAGAAGAUUGAGAAGAUAGAGAAGAUUGAGAAGGAGAUCACUGGACCCCAGUUCACCAGUGGAGUCAUCCUGAAGAUUACCGAUGCCAAACCGCUACCAGGCAGAAAGAUCAUCAAGGACGCCCUCUCUAAAAUAUCUACGGUGGCCUACGUGGACAUACUGGAGGGAGACAGUGAAGGUCACGUCCGCUUCAAGACCCCCGAGGACGCCCAGGCCGUCGUCAACGACCGCUCGGCCGUCGCCAAGGAACACGGCUGGACGCUGGAUCUGCUCUCCGGUGAUCAUGAGCAAAGGCAUUGGCAGAAGAUUUUGGUGGACCGCCAAGUGAAGUUGAACCGUCCGAGGGAAAAGAAACGAGGCACAGAGAAGCUCAUCUCGAAGGCGGAGAAGAUCAUCAUGGCCCGAGCCAAGGAGGCUAACAAGCACAUCCACUUCCAGGAUGUCUGACGCAGUGUGUCGUAUUUCAUCCACUUUGUUUUUAACAAGUUUUAUUUUGGUAAUCGGCGGAAAGCCAAAGCUAAUUUAAAAACACAAUUUGAUAUAUUAAUGUGAGCUUUUUGUGACUCAUGUUUUCAGGGUCGUACAUGUUGUGUAUAUAUAAGGUACAAGGCUGCCUUUGUUGAGAGAGCACCAAAUUCAUGGUUGUUGAAAAGUGAUUUUUUUUUUUAUAGCAAUAAACAUCAAACAUCAGAUGUAUUAUUUUGGCAGUGUCUGGUUUAUUAAGUGUUUUUAAAUACGUUCUUUAAACUUAUUUGAACAGUUAGUGCAAAUUGUGACUGCAUUUUAAGAAUAAUUCUUAAUGGCAGCUUAAAUACUAUAUUUGAAUAGUUUGGUGUUAAUAAUUUAAAUAACGCAUCACAAUGUUCAGCAUUGUGUUCUUUAACACAAACUCUUCCUACCACAACACAAUGCAGUUGAAACGUCAUUUUAUUUUCUCAAACGGUGACCUUUCCACCACGUUGCGUGAAGAGGUGUUAACACGGGGUCAAAGGUCAACAGCAGCAGUGAACUGCUAAGCUGAUCUAUUAUUUAUUGCAUCAGUAGAGAGACGUUCCCUGAGCCUGAAGUCGAGUAACAUUAUUGCACCCAAAUUCAAACACUAGUUUCAUCCGACGUAAGAUGCACACUUACGCCUAUAACUUGUCUUUGUACGUCAUUAAAUGGACGCGAGUGAUCCAAGAACGCAUGACUUUCUGAGUUUUAUUUUUCUCAUAUGUCCACCGGAGAAGUUUGA